AUGGUUGUUUCACCACAAACCCCCGACAACGAUUCCCAAAGUGUGCAAACAAAAAGAAACAACAUGGCGUCCAAACAAUCCUCUGUGGCUGAUACUAGAGCAGAGUUAGCGGAAUUGGUGAAAAGAAAGGCCGAAGUCGCUGAAACCCUUGCCAACUUGGAACGCCAGAUAUAUGCAUUUGAAGGAUCAUAUUUAGAAGACACACAGCUUUACGGAAAUAUCAUAAGAGGAUGGGACCGAUACUUGACCACCAACAAGAGUACAAACUCAAAGGCAGACAAACGAAACAGAAAAUUCAAAGAAGCAGAGAGAUUGUUUUCAAAAUCCAGUAUUACAUCUAUGGCUGCAGUUAGUGGUCUCGUUGAUCCUGCUGAAGCUAAAAAUGAAAGAAACAGUGAGACUGAAUCACAGACAAACGAAGACUCUUCGGACACACAAAUCAGUUCAGGACUUAAUGUAAGCAGUUUGAACCACACCACAAUACAUGGUUCUACUGAAAGUAUAGCAUCUAAACCUUCAGGAAAGCAGCAUACCAAUGGUGGUAUUGAAAAAGUUAUUAACCAUUCUCAAACAAAGCAAAAUUUGACACAAAAGAUUGCUUCCUCAUCUGGUAUGUUGCAAAAAGCAUUUGGAAGUGACAGUAAAAUGCUGUCAGCUGUAGGGCUCGACAGCAGACCUAGUACACCUAAGGACAAAGACUCUAGUAUGAAUAUGUUGAACAAGGGAGACAUGACACCAAACUCAUUAAAACACAAGAUGUCUGCAACCAGUACAAGUAAUAGUAACAGUAUGAAGAAAAAUAACAACAAAAAAGCGAGACAUCGAUAA